AUGUUCAGGCCAACCAUUUCCCGUCAGGCCCUCAAGGCCCUCAACACCUCUACGCGUCCAUCCCCAUUCGCUGCCUCUUCGUCCUCUCUCCGCUCGCCCUUUGUUCGUCCCCUCUCGUCCUCUAUCCCCCGUACCAAAGACCACAAGAAGUAUCCCAAGAAUGGCUUCCUGGAAUCCGCUACAACCAAAGCCCCCCAGGGCGCCUCCGGUGAGCAGGAGGGUAAAUACGCUCGUACCGAUGAGGAUAUCGUGAUUCCGUACCCUGAUGAUGCCCACAUGCCGGCCCAGCCCAUCGUUCAGGGACGUGGGGGGAUGCACUUCAAGCGGACGCUUGCUCAAUUCUCGCUCGAGAACAAGGUUACUGUGGUGACGGGUGGUGCUCGUGGUUUGGGCUUGGUUAUGGCUCAGGCUAUUGUUGCUUCGGGGUCUGAUAUUGCUAUUGUUGAUUUGAACAAGGAGGAGGCGGAAACCCAAGCUAAGAAGUUGGUGGACACUUUCCGGAGGGAGAACCCUGGCCUGGAGCAAAUGCCCAAGGUCACUGCGCACUACUCCGACGUUUCCAACCCGAAUUCCGUCAACGCAUCGCUCCAAGAGAUCAUUGACCAGCACGGUCGAAUCGACAGCUUGGUCACCUCUGCUGGCUUCACGGAGAACUUCGAUGCCAUCUCGUACCCCUACGACCGUAUGCAGAAGCUGUGGGGUGUCGUCGUGGAUGGUACCUACCUGUUCUCGACCGGUGUUGCCAAGCACCUGAUGGAGCGCAACGCUUCGGGCAGCAUUGUAAUGAUUGGUAGCAUGUCUAGCUCCAUUGUCAACAUUCCUCAGCCUCAAGCUCCGUACAACGCGGCCAAGGCUGCUGUUCGUCACCUUGCUUCAUCUUUUGGUGUUGAGUGGGCGGGCUCCAACAUCCGAGUGAACUGCAUUAGCCCUGGAUACAUGCUGACUGCUCUCACCCGCAAGAUCCUGGAUGAGAACCCCGACCUCCGCGAGAAGUGGACUUCGCUCAUUCCCCUCGGUAAGAUGGGAGAUCCCGAAGACCUCAUGGGUGCGGUUAUCUUCCUCCUGAGUGACGCAUCCCGGUACAUGACCGGUGCUGAGAUCCGCGUCGACGGUGGCUACACCUUGACUUAA